CUUCUCUGGGUUUUCUUGUACUCUUAGUGUUGUUGUUUCUCUGGUCUGAUCUUCAAAUAAUCACCUGAGAAAUGACGAUCGGAGCUGGGAUAUCUGUCGGCGAUGGGAAGCUCAACGUGUUGGGAAACUGCAUUCUUACGGAUGUUAAAGAUAACAUAUAUGUGACGCCGGCCUCCGGCGAGAACUUAACAAACGGCGCUUUCGUCGGCGUCCGGUCCGACCAGAAUGGUAGCCGCAGGGUCUUCCCUGUUGGAAAACUCGAGGGAUUCCGGUUCAUGUGUGUUUUCCGGUUCAAGUUGUGGUGGAUGACACAGAGGAUGGGCAAUUGUGGCCAAGAUAUACCCUUCGAGACCCAAUUUUUAAUGGUGGAAGGAAAAGAUGAUUCACAUUUUGCUGAAGAUGGUGUGGACCAGUCUGCAUUGUAUAUAGUUUUCUUGCCUAUUCUUGAGGGGGAUUUUAGGGCUGUUCUUCAGGGGAAUGCCAAUAAUGAGUUGGAGAUCUGUUUGGAAAGUGGGGAUCCUGAUGUACAAGACUUUGAAGGAAGUCAUUUAGUUUUUGUGGCUACUGGAUCAGACCCAUUUGAUGUAAUCACAAAUGCAGUGAAGACUGUUGAGGGACAUUUGCAGACGUUUUGCCACCGUGAUAGAAAGAAGAUGCCAGAAAUGUUGAACUGGUUUGGCUGGUGUACGUGGGAUGCUUUCUAUACAGAUGUAACUGCUGAGGGGGUGAAACAAGGAUUAGAAAGUUUUGAGAAAGGUGGGAUUCCUCCUAAAUUUGUUAUAAUCGACGAUGGAUGGCAAUCAGUUGGUAUGGAUCCCGCUGGUGCUGAAGCUAAAGCUGAUAACACAGCCAACUUUGCAAACAGGCUAACUCAUAUCAAAGAGAACCACAAAUUCCAGAAAGAUGGCAAAGAUGGUUUCAGGGUGGAGGAUCCAGCAAUGGGUCUUCGCCACAUUGUUACCGAAGCCAAAGAACAACAUGCUCUGAAGUAUGUUUAUGUCUGGCAUGCGAUAACCGGAUACUGGGGCGGUGUCAGGCCGGAUGUUGCUGAAAUGGAACACUAUGAAUCCAAGUUGGCUUAUCCCAUUUCAUCUCUAGGGGUCCAGUCAAAUGAACCUUGUGAUGCUUUGAACAGCAUUACCAAGAAUGGGCUUGGCCUUGUGAACCCUGAGAAAGUUUUUAACUUCUAUAAUGAAUUGCAUUCAUACCUUGCUUCUGCUGGUAUCGAUGGUGUCAAGGUCGAUGUUCAGAACAUCCUUGAAACUCUUGGGGCAGGCCAUGGUGGAAGAGUGAAACUUGCAAGGAAGUACCAUCAGGCAUUAGAAGCAUCAAUUUCUCGCAAUUUUCCGGAUAAUGGAAUAAUUUCUUGUAUGAGUCACAACACAGAUGGUUUGUACAGUGCAAAGAGAUCAGCUGUUAUUAGAGCAUCAGAUGAUUUUUGGCCCAGAGAUCCAGCAUCACACACCAUUCAUAUUGCAUCAGUGGCUUAUAACACCAUUUUCCUCGGGGAGUUCAUGCAGCCUGACUGGGACAUGUUUCAUAGCUUACACCCAAUGGCUGAAUACCAUGGAGCAGCUCGUGCCGUGGGAGGCUGUGCUAUAUAUGUCAGUGACAAACCUGGGCAGCAUGAUUUUAAUCUACUGAAGAAGCUUGUACUUCCUGACGGUUCCAUAUUGAGGGCCAAACUCCCAGGAAGACCAACAAGGGAUUGCUUGUUUUCUGAUCCUGCUAGAGAUGGAAAAAGCCUUCUAAAGAUUUGGAAUCUGAACGAUUUCAAUGGGGUCGUGGGGGUGUUCAACUGCCAAGGUGCUGGGUGGUGUAGAGUUGGAAAGAUGAACCUCAUCCACGAUGAACAACCUGGCACAACCACUUCAAUUAUCCAAGCUAAAGAUGUUGAUUAUUUGCCCAAGGUUGCUGAUGUCGGAUGGAAUGGGGAUGCAAUUCUGUACUCCCAUCUUCGUGGAGAUGUGGUUUAUCUUCCAAAGAAUGCAUCUCUGCCACUUACACUGAAGGCACGAGAAUUUGAAGUCUUUACAGUGGUACCCGUCAAAGAAUUGUCCCAUGGGGUUAAAUUUGCUCCCAUAGGUCUCAUCAAGAUGUUCAACUCAGGAGGAGCAAUUAAGGAAUUACAAUAUGAAUCAAAUGGAAGCCCAACUGUUGGCCUGAAAAUACGCGGGUGUGGCAUAUUUGGGGCCUAUUCAUCAGUUGAACCGAAAAGAAUAAGAGUUGACGAAGAGGAAAUGGAGUUCAGAUAUGAGGAAGCCUCGGGAUUCAUCACCAUUGCUCUGCGAGUUCCAGAGAAAGAAUUAUACCUUUGGCACAUGACAAUUGAACUAUAAGAGAUUUCAAUCUUCUUCCCCUCCCCAUUGGAGGGGCUCUACUAUCUCUGUAUUGAGUACCUCUUUCUAUGGAGACGUGAAAGAGAACUUCUCUAGAUUUUGAGGAUGAAUUCAUGACAUUGCAGUUAUCUUAUAAUGCAUAAAACUAAGUACGACUAGGAAGAGGAUGAACCAGACAGCUCCCAUUUGUAACAAAAAUUUCUCUGUUUCAUGAUGGGAAAGGACAUAAAGUGGGAGUGUCGUUUUAGAUGUUGUAUUGUAUCCAUUCAUAUCAUAAUGCAACUAAAUAAAGAAAAAAUGAUCAGUUGAUCUUGUAGAUGAG